AUGUCUAAUCAAACUGUACAAGACAUCCUCCAGUACCAGUUUCGAGACUCCAAACUUCUCGAGGAAGCUCUCCGGGCCCCAGGCACAGACCCGGGAACAACCCGCCAGAACCCAAGAGCACAUGGAAAUAAAGGUCUGGCCAUGAUUGGGGACGCCGUCCUCCGACUCGCCGUAGUCGACGAUGGCAUCGUUGACGGGAAAACUACCCAGAGCUGCCAUCAACUGUGUGUGGCCGAAAUCUCGAAUAUCGCAUUGAGCAAAACGCUGAAGAAAUGGGAAAUCGGUCGAUUUGUCAAGCUGCAUCCAGGUCAAAAGGGUGUCAUAUCUCCUGGCACAGGCGCCUCCACCGCUGAGGCGCUGGUCGGGGCUGUGUGGAUUGAUUCGGGUCGUGAUUUCACCACGGUCCAUCGCGUCAUCCACAAUCUCGACAUUGCCAGUGAAUUCUUGCAAACUGGAAAUCACUUAUGUGGCAAGGCAGAGACGGUUGUGGCAGCAUAA